AUGGCGUCGCUGUUCAAGGUCAAGGCGCGGUACGACUUCGAGGCGAAAGAGGAGGACGAUCUGGGCUUUCCAGUCGGACAAAUCAUUGACGUGACCGAAGAGGUGGACGACAGCUGGCUGGAAGGGAAGUACACUGAUCCCUCAGGUGCGACUCAGGCUGGCAUCUUUCCGAGGGAGUUUGUUGAGAAAUAUGAGCCGCCAAUGCCAGCACGUCCUACGCGACCUGCACGGACAAAGCCGGAAGCUGCGCCAGCUCCAGAGCCAGUCGCGGAGCCAGAGGAGCCGGCGUCCGAAGAGGAUGUUGCUCCUCCAGUAGCAGUAGCAUCGAAGCCGCAACCACCACCACGCGAGGCAGAAGAAGUGCGCUCGCCGACUUCUGCCGCACAGCCAGCCCCACCUGUAAAGAGCGAACCUCCGCCAGGACCUAAACCAGUUCCCGCCGAACCAGCAUCCGCAAAGAAGCCUCCUCCACCGAUCGCCGCCAAGUCCAAUGCCUUUCGAGAUAGGAUUGCCGCGUUCAACCAGCCUGCAGCUGCACCGGUAGCACCGAUAAUUCCCGGUGGCGGUAAGCCACAAGGCAACACGUUCAUCAAGAAGCCUUUCGUCGCUCCUCCUCCCUCAGCGAACUCGUACGUUCCUCCUCCGAAAGUCGAAACAAUCCACAAGCCGUACAUCAGAGAGGAGGAUCCGGAGAUCAAGAGAAGACGAGAGGAAGAUCGUGCUGCAGCGGAGGCGGCUGGGUUGACGAGUGACCCGGAGCAACAACAGGAAAGCGAGGAUGCUCCGAAGCCUACAACUUUGAAAGAGCGUAUUGCACUUUUGCAGCAGCAACAGCUUGAACAGGCACAGCGGAGAGCAGAUGGAGGUGGUGAGAAGCGGGAGAAGAAGCCUCCUGUAAAGAAGUUCUCCCAGUCAUCUGAGCAAGCAGAGGCAGUGGGCGAGGCUGAUGAGCUGGAGCAAGUCACGAGUCAACGCCCGCGAGUGCCAUCAAACCAGCUAGAUGAGACUCCACUCUCUCCUGUCAUCGCAGCCCCUGAACACGAGCCUGUCAGCGAGAACGACGCAGAUCAGUCAGCUGCUGGCGAGACAACUGAAGACGAUGCCGGUACGAUUGGCCCAGAUGACAGCGACGAGAGACAUGCACCACUUCCACCUUCACGGGCGAACACCGCUCCAAAGCAACAAGCGGAUGUUGGCGACGAGCAGGACCCCGAAGAAGGCGAAGAAGAGGAAGACGAUAGCAUGGACGAGGAGACUCGACGACGUCUGGAGCUGAGAGAGCGCAUGGCAAAGAUGAGCGGCGGCAUGGGCAUGGCUGGCAUGUUCGGCCCACCUGGCGCGAUGCCACUUCCCGGCGGAACUGCUUCGAAGAAGAAGUCAACGAAGCCAAGACAGGCCAGCGCGGAGAACGAGACGACAUCUCCACCUCCGCCUCCGCAAAGAGUUCCGAUGCCGGGCUUCUCGAGAACGGAAAGCUCUGAAGCAGGCCGCAAGUCACUGGAGCGAUCUGAACGAGGUUUGGAGGAAGAUCAACCGAUGCCUCCGCCGCGAAAAUCUCUCACCGAGGAGAGAGCCGCUGCUCCGCCGGUGCCAAAAGGCUCUCGACCGUCACUCGAUGCGAGUGUGCCUCCUCCCAUCCCUGGCAGUGGUCUGCCAACACCGCGAGCGACUGCGCCCGAUGCUCGUCCGGUUCCGCCUCCUCCAGCUGCCCCUAUGUCACCCGGACCUGGAUACCAAUCGGACGACGAGAUGUCAAUCAACCCACAGCGAGAGUCGAUGGGAUCCCCGGAUGUUCUGACUCCUGGUCCACCAACUCGCGCAAGCACCGGAAUGGCGCCGCCAGUGCCCGGAUCAGCGACCGAUAACAAGUCAUACUUCAGCAAUGAGCCUCAAUCAGCAAUAUCAGAUCGGAGAGCUAGUCGUGCUCCGCCGCCAGUUCCGCAGAGCCCGUUGACAUCGCCACGCCCGCCACCUCCGCCGCGACCAGCCAAUGCCGGUCGUUCAGCAGUACCUGCAUAUACUGACGAUUCUGAAGGUCGUGGCGAAAGCGAAUACGAGGGAGAUUACGAUACUGACAUUGCAUCUGGUGUGAAGCACAAGGACGCAUUGAAGUCUCAGCACGUACGCGACAUCAGUCUUGACGACAGCACAACAGCCGAAAACAGCCCGGUUCAGCCUCCACUACCUCCACAAACCAGUGCGCCCAGAGCAGUGCCGCCGCCUCCUCCUCAGCUCCCAACCAGGACACGACAAUCCACCGACCUGCCUCGAGCCCCGCCGCCUUUGCCUCCUGGAUCGCAACAAAGCUCCGCCGACCAGGAUGACGAUUACGACCCGUUCCGCUACGAGAAUCGCCGAGGUCCACCACCGCCUGCCCCUGUUGCCGUGCCCGUCGCUGCUCCGUCAUUACCACCACCUGUUCCGAGUAGAGAAACUGACGAAGGACAAGAUAGCUCAGCAGAUGAGAUGUACUCAACCACUCCACCUCGUCGUUCAGUAGAGCGCCCGCCUCCACCUCCUCCACAAGAGCGUGCGGUUCCUGCGCCACCACCUGCCCAAGCUCCACCUCCGCAGCCAGCUCCACCACCACAGCGUGCGGCACCGAGAGAGUCCCUAGACAUUCGCCGAUCAGAUACUACAGGUCGACGAUCGAUGGAAUCAAGACCUGCCGAGGGCAAUGGGCAGAUCGCUGCUGAUGUGCCUCUUCCGAGUGACACUCAAUGGUGGACAGCGUCGCAACCACUCCCACCUGCACUUCAACCUCGCAAUGGUGUUGAUAUCCUCUCCGAAUGCGAAGAGUCUACAACCUCGAAACGCGGCGGCAUCACCUACAUCUCCAAGGACAUCUACGUCCUCUACAUGGACUAUAGUCAAACCAUCAUCACCGCACGCUUCGACUCCAAGAACCCGGCCGAUAUCAACCUCGAACAACGCCACCUCGCACCACCACCCAAACUCCGCCAAGACCAACUCGAGGGCUACUGGCAACGCUUCGGCCGCUCCAUCGCCGAAUCCGCCUCCUCUCUCGGCAACACCCGCAAAGACUCCAACGUCGGCGACGGCACAUCUUUCGUCCUCGUCUCCACCCUCAUCGCCGCACAUCCCAAAGCCCUGCAACCCGUCGGUACCCGCGCCUACGGCUCCAUCAUCUACGCCAACCUCGCCAACGCGUCCACCCUCCAGUACGACGAGAUCCGCGCGGGAGACAUUGUCACGUUGCGCAAUGCGCGAUUUGAGGGCACGCAUGGCGCGAUGAAGCAUAAAUACAAAGCGGACUACGGACCGCAACACGUUGCGAUUGUAGAGGAGUGGGAUGGCACGAAGAGGGCGAUUAAAGGCUGGGAACAGGGGAGGGAUGGGAAGAAGGGUGGAGUGAGGAGUGAGAAAUUUCGACUUGGGGAUCUGAAGAGUGGGGAGGUGAGGGUUUGGAGAGUUGUGGGGAGGGAUUGGGUGGAGUGGGAGACGGAGAAUUGA